CAGAGGAGCUCGCCAUCCAGGCGGCGCGCCUAGAGACGGCGCUGCAGCAGAAGGACUCGGCGUUGAAGUCGGCAGCCGCGUCGCAGCGGGAGGCGGCCGAGGCGCUGUCACGCGCGCGUGCCGACGCGCAGGCAUCGCAGCGCGAGGCGGCCGACCUGCGCCGGCGCAACUCGGCGCUGGAGGCGGCGGCUGCUGCCGAGGAGGCCGCCGAGUCUGAUGCCCUGCUCGAGCUUAGGCGCCAGGCUGCAGAGGAGGCCAGCGCGGCAUCAGAGCUGCUUGCAAAAGCGGAGGCCGCGUUCGAGGAGCUGCGGCUUGCAGAGGCCGUCGCUGCUGAGCAGGGCACGCAUGAGGAAGUUCAGGAGCUGAGGGUACAGCUGGAGGAGGAGGCUGAGAUCUCUGCCCAGGCAUAUGAGCGCGUCCAGACCGCAGAGGCUGAGCUGGCGCAGCUUAGAUCCGAGUACACCGCUCUGCAGGAGAGGAGCGGGGACAGCGCGGAGCGGGAGGCGCUGGCGGCUCAGCUGGCGGCGGCACGAACGGAUGCGGCGGCGCGGGCGGCUGAGAGCAAGGCACUGCGCAAGCAUGCGCGCGCUCUGGAGCGGCAGCUGCGCGAUGCGCGCUCGGGCGCCUCCCUGCAGGACAUUAAGGCCGUCUCCGGCCGCGACGGCCGCCUGAAGAAGGCCCUGGAGCAGGUGUCAGAGCUGGAGAACGAGAAUGCGGUGCUCAAAGAGGCCGCAGACCGCCGCAGCAAGGUGCUGCACCAGUCGCGCAGCUUCAUCAACGCCUACCUGCAGGCAAGGCUCUCUCUUCCUGCUCUUGCAGCAACCCUUGAGAAAACUCCCGAAUUUGCCCCUCCGUCUACGAGCUUUGAUACAGAGGAUGGUGGGCCAUCCAGUGGGGAGCCCACAUCAGCUCCUUUGACUGGCAGCGAGGAAGGAACAUCGGCGAAGGGAUUGAGUGAUGGGAAUGGGAUAGCAGGCCAGCCCUUGCCUGAUGCAGCCAUCAGCGCAGCUGCGUCGGAUGACACAGAAGGAGUCGGUCAUACAGUGAACAGCUCCAGCGACAAUGGAUUCUUUCAGAGGGCCAGUUCAGGCUUUGGGUUUUUCGACUGAAUUUGUGAGGGCACCAUUCCUAUUUCAAGUCAAUCUGCCUGAGAUCCAUGCCUCCCGGUGUCUUGAGGGAGGAGCCAGCUUGUUGUUUCCAUCCAGUUUUGGAGAAGAUUCAAGUAAUUAAAACAUUCUUGCAGUUUAGCCCAAAUUCUGCCCGUGGACAUAUGUGCACCAUGAGUGUGCAUGUGCAUGUCAGGGUCAACGUCAAUACAGCUGAUAAUUGUGCUACCACGAAUUCUUUUGGACUGGUGGCACAAUUUGGAUGUUGCGGUGCUGGCACUAGACAGUACCAACAUUUUGGAUGCCGACAUCACCUAAGCUGGGAGAAUUCUUUCUCGGUAUUUGGCAUCCUGUGUUGACACGGCUCAGCUUGGUUGUGAUCCCUAAAAAUUCAAUUCUAGAAAGAGA